UGUGAUUGGCUCUCCUUGUAUGAGCGACAACAGACACACUCUAUGGGCGCAAAGGCUCGGCUGCCCUGCUGGGUGCUGUGCGGCGCCGAGGGCUGUACGGGAGCUGACCCGGGCAGCCCGGGCGGGAGUCUUGCUCGGUGCCCCCCACCCCGCGCGCCGCCCGCACCAUGGCCGCCCCGCCGCAGCUGCGGACUCUGCUUCUUGCGAUCAACGCCCUGUUGCGCAAGCGCCGCUACCACACAGCGUUGGCAGUGCUUAAGGGCUUUCGGAACGGGGCCGUCUAUGGAGCCAAAAUCCGGGCCCCUCAUGCACUGGUCAUGACCUUUCUCUUCCGGAGUGGCAGCCUCCGGGAGAAGCUGUGGGCCAUCCUGCAGGGCACAUACACCCACUCCCGGAACCUGGCCAGCUUUGUGUUCACCUACAAGGUGCUCUGUGCCCUGCAGUCCCACCUCCAGGGUGAGACCUACCAGGCGCACUCAUUCGUGGCUGCCUUCAUCGGGGGCUUCCUGGUAUUUGGAAACAAUAAUAACAUCAACAGCCAGAUCAACAUGUACCUGCUCUCACGCCUCCUGUUUGCCCUGUGCCGCCUGGGCGUGGAGAAGGGCUACGUCCCCAAACCCAGGCAGGACCCAUUUCCGUUGUUCUCCGGGCUGGUGUGGGGGCUGGUGCUGUGGCUCUUCGAGUACCACCGGCCCAUGCUGCAGCCCUCUCUGCAGUCCUCCAUGACCUACCUGUACGAGGACAGCAACGUGUGGCACGACCUCUCGGACUUCCUCAUCUAUAACAAGAGGCGCCCCUCCAAGUAACUCGGCCCCAAGGUGCUCAUGGCUCUUCCUGCACCCGAGUCACCUCUGGUGGUGUCAGCUCAAGAUUGGCUCCGUCAGCGAAUCAUCCCAGAGGAUCCUGCCUUUUCAAGAUCUGGGAUCUCAGACUCUAACGUUUAUCACAAGCCCAGGGCUCCGGCUGCCGAAGUGAAAGCACUGAUUUUCAAAUCCCAGUAGGUUCUCUUGAAUGGUGAGCAAGUCGUCAACGUCAGCCUGAGGAGCCCUGGGUGUGGUGACAGCUGUGCUGCUGACUCUACGAGACCAGGGAAAGUCACACCCCACCCUGGGCCUCGGGAGUCAUCGAGCUCAGAGGAGGGCCCUGAAGUCUCUUUCUGGUGGGUAUGUUUUCCAGCCGUUCUUCUGUAACAGAAGGCUCCUGAUGGUGGGCAAUGGGUAGCAAGUGCGUUUUUAGAAAAUACUCAGUUCCUUGUCUUAGGUGUUCUAUUGUAGCAGCUCUAGCGUUUCCACUGUCCAGUAGAAACACAAUGUGAGUCAUAUACGUGACUGGAAUUUUUUUAGUAGCCACAUUUUUUAAAAAGUGGAGGGGAUUCCCUGCCAAUCCAGUGGUUAGGACUCCGAGCUUUCACUGCUGAGGGCGCAGGUUCAAUCCCUGGUUGGGGAACCAAGAUCCCACAAGCCAAGGUGUGCAGCCAGAAAGAAAGGAGAGGAAAAGCAGGUGAGAUUAACCUUAAUCAUAACUUUUAACCCAAUAUUUCUAAAAUAUCAUUUUAACAUGUAAUAAAUGUAGAAAUUAAUGAGAUAUUUUACAUUCUUUUUUCUUGUACUAAGUCAUCAAAAUCAGGUGUGUGUUUUACACUGACAGCAUUUCUCAAUUUGGACCAGUCACAUUUCAAGGGCUUAGUAGCCACAUGUGGCUAGUGGCUACUGUUUUGGAUAGCACAGAUAUAGUAUACUCUAUCCUCGCAGAAAAUUCUAGUGGACAGUGCAGAUAUAGAGCUAGAGGACAUGGGUUUGGGUCCCUACUCCACCACUGUGUAACCUUGGGGAAGGUUCUUAACUUCUCAGAGCCUCAGUUUCUAGUAAUGUGAGGAUAAUCAUAGUCCAGUGGUGUCCACAUUGGACUUGUGUAGCUAUGAUGGCUGCGUCUACUACUAAUUACAUCCAUGUAGUGAGCUCCUACCUCCUCCUGGGUGCUUUGCACAUAUUAUUUUUAAUCCAUCCAGAGACCUUGCAGGUACGUAUUUUCAUCUCCAUUUCACAGAUGUGGAAACUGAGGAUCAGAGAAGAGAAGUAACUUGCCCAAGGUAAUACAACUAAUAGAAUGACAGCCAAACCAGGGUUUGAACCCAGAUCUAUGUGAUUUCAAAGCUCAUGGUUUUUUUUCAGUGCCUUACUUUCAAUUUAGAAACCUAAGGUAUGCUGUGCAAAUGUUAGCUAGUUAUCGGGGUGCAAACUCAAAUGCCUACAGGGGUCUGGCAAGUGGCAUAAAUGAUAAUGUUUUGGGUGCUGUGCAGUAGGGAGUGACGGGGACGUGGUGAACUGGAGACUCGUGUGCCAGACUGGUGUUUGAAAACCACCAAGCUGGACAAAUCAAACAGGUCUCCGGGGGAUUUGGUCCAUGGGCCACCAGUUGAGUAGGCAUACUUCAAUCUUUUUAUAUUUUGAAAAUUACUGGCAGAAAUAUCCAUGAGUCACUGGAGAUCCUUAUUAAAAUGCAGAUUCUGAUUCAGUGGGUUUGGGGUGGGGCCUGAGAUUCUGUGUUUCUCAUUGGCUCCUGGGUGCUGCUGCGGCUGCUUUUCUGAACUACACCUUGAGUCACAAGGUGCUAGUGAAUGAUAUGGGGCCAACCAGUAACCCAUGUGACAAAGGAGCAAACUAAGUCACAGAGCUGGUAGGUCAUCGAGGUGGGAUUCAGUCUGAUUCUAACUGCCGUGUUCUCAGGCACGACGUUGUACUGCAGUCUUGGAAGGAGGUGAUCUUGAAGGUCCCUUAGUUCACUCUGUGGAGGCUGAAUGAGGUCUUGGGGUUAUGGGUGGGGAGAGGGUGGCCAUCAGCAAGUGGGUUUUAGAGCAGAUGCUGGGGCGCCGCCCCUAUAUCCUGCCUCACCACUUCAGUGCACCCAGCCGCUCAGCUGCCACCUGGCUUUCUGCCUGAGGUCGCCUCACUUGCUCUUGGCACCUGCUUUGCCAGCCUGAGCAGCCCUGCAGUGCUGGAGGAUUAGCACAUCCUAGGAGCAGCCCCCAACCCGUGACGGGUGACCACCUCCACUCCUGCACCCCUCACCCAGUUAUCACUUUACCACCUGGUGGGAUAACUGAGGUGCCUGCUCCACACGGGCUCCCAGAACACCCCCAGCAGGGCUGAGCUCCAGCUGCUCACAGGGGUCACUUGUGUGAUAACACCUCCUCUUUGUCUCCCUUCCUCACGCCCCUAUCAGUGCUCCCUGGGACCACGUCCCACAGAAGCCACUUGCACGCAAGUCUUUGUCUUGAGGUCUGCUGCUGGGGGAACCCAAACCAAAACUGUCCUCCGGUGCAGCAAGUUGGGUGGCAGCAUCAGUAGUGAUUAAGGACAUAAGCUGUGGAGCCAGGGUGUCUGGGCUCAGUUCUGGCCCCACUGGUUCCUUGCAAGUGACUUAACCAUUCUGGGCCUCUGUUUUGUCAUCUGUAAAAUAAGCAUUCUGAUAGCACACACCUUGUAGGGUGGUCUGGAGGAUUAAAUGAUACAACAGCAUGUAAAGUAAGCACUUGAUAAAUGUUUGCUGUGGUUUCCAAUGUAUCAUCCAAAUGUAAAAGAAAGCAUGGCCCUGGAGACUGUGGACACCCUGCUUUUAGCCUGUCCCACCCCACCCUCAGCUGAAGGUAAAAGCCCUGGCUGCCUGCCCUCCUGACGUCCCCCCAUUGCCGCUGGGGGUUGGCCAGCUCCACCACCCACUGUCUCUGCUCUCUAAGAAUAGGUUCCUCUCACAGAUGGCAUCUCUCUGGAUCCUGCCAAAGCAUCUGGUGCCUCCAACUGCUCACUCCAGGGAGGAAGGCGGUGUGGUCCUUGUGCAGGAGCAGAGCCCUGGCUCCUGGCAGGAGUCCUCACUCAGCUCCCUCCUAGCCAAGCCUCCAUUUCUGCAAGACCUGGAAAAAUGGGGAUUGCCAGAGGGCCCUUGGCACAUAGUAGGCGCUCCAUAAAUGCUAGUUCCUGAAACAGCACAGUGCUUUAACAUGUGUUCAUUAAGCACCUGUUACAUUCCUAUGACGUCUCUGACGUGCAAAGCUGUAAACAAAAAUUUUUAUUCAAUAAUGCAUGCACAUAGUACAAAACUUAAGUGGUACAAAAAGUGUAUAACAGGGAAGAGUCAAGUUCCCCCUGAACCCCAGGUCCACCUACCUGCCCCCUCCCCAGCCAGGGGCGCCCCCGUCAGCACUUUCUACUACAGCCUUCCUGAGACAUUCUCAGCACAACCACACAUCUCUGUCUUCUAAGAAACUUUUACAUUGCACUGUCAUCUCAAGAACUCUUUGACAUGUCCUCCUUGUCCUCUGCAUGUUUGGUUUCUCUUUGAUCAAUAAUUGGUAUAGAUUGGGGUUGCCAUAUAUACAUUACUAGUAAGAGAAAAAAUAUCAAAUUGUACACUUUAAAUAUAUGCAGUUUAUUGUAUGUCAGUUAUAUCUCAAUAAAAGUUCUUAAAAAAAAUAAUCUGAUAUAAAAGUGAGUCCUGGAGUUCCCUGGCAGUCCAGUGGUUAGGACUCCAUGCUUUCACUGCUGAGGGCAUGGGUUCAAUCCCUGAUUGGGGAACUAAGAUCCCGCAAGCAAUGAGGCACGGCCAAAAAAAAAAAAAAAAAAAAAAAAGUUGAUGUUAGUAUCAUUAAAAAAAAAAACUGAGUCCUUUCUUUGAGCCAGUUGCCGCCGCCCCCACAGCUCUACCCUCCAGUCCCCAGAUAUCUCGGGCAGAUCAGCUUAAGGAUGAACCACCCUAGGUGUCCUGAGCCUUGUCGUAGAUGACGCCCAACACUCAGCUCCACUGAACUCUAAGUGAAAGGGGAAGGACAAAAUUGAAGUGAAUCUGCGGCCCUUCUGCCGCUCCACUCCCAAAUUAGAGGUCGCCCAGGGAACCCACGUGAGAGCGGUGAUUCACAGGCCGAGGUGCCAAGAAGCCGCCUCCUGUGGUGCUCACGGCUCCCGCCCUCCACAUCGCAGGCUCCAGAAAGGAUCCUGGAGAUGGCAUUUCUGUCCACAUUGUUUGCUUCUCCCACUCCCGUGAGUGUGCUUUGUGUUUAUGAGAAUCAGGCUUUAAAACUGACACCCUCCUAAACCAGCACAUCGUGCUGUGCUCCACCUCCUGGAGCCCGCAGUCUGUGACUUCAGAUGGGUUACUUUCAGUGACAAAUUAGAGGGUAUUUAUAAAAAGAAAUGUUACACUUUUUUCCUCCCCUUGUCUUGUUCCAGAUUCAUAGGGAUAGAGGGGGUCUUCUUUCAGCCUUGAAAAGCAUUUUGGGUGAGAGGGUGUUCAUUUUAACCAGAGGCCUCCUACAGGACUCACUCUUGGGAGCUGGAGGCCACAGGGGCCCAGCUAGAGGACAGAGGGAAAGGGAAAGCUGGGCUGUCUUCUGAGUAUUGUUUUUUGAGGGCUCCCCGCUUUCUGUUACAGGCCUGUGUGCUCAUGAUUUCGUAAACAGGACAGGACCAGGCAGUACUGAAAUGCAGGUUGUGGGGUCUCUGUCAGAAACCUUGCUCCUCCUGAUUUUCUGGGUGCCCCUUUCAGCUUCUCGUGGGCUGGACUUCCACUGAGAGAGGGAUCGAGGUCAGACCAGAUCAGCUCUUUUUUUUUGGCCAUGCUGCACGGCUUGUGGGACCUUAGUUGCCUGACCAGGGAUUGAACCUGGGCUCCUGGCAGUGGAAGCACGUAGUCCUAACCACUGGACCACCAGCGAAUUCCCCAUAUCAGCUCUUUUAAGACUCUUCUUUUUAGGGUGUCUUUUUUAUGUGUGUCAUGAGCCCUUUUGGCAUCUGCUGAAGCCUAUGGCCCCUUCUCAAGAAUGCUGUUUUUAAAACCCAUAAAAUAAAAUAGGAUUACAAAAGACAACAAUUAUUGAAUGUUGAAAUAAUUAUCAAAAUAUUUUUCAGAUUCAUGAUUUAGUAAUAUAUGUUCCUUUUUUUUUUAACACAUUAGAUAACAAGAUCUAGUGGCAGGUCCAGAACUACCACGAUUUCACAGGUGUGAUAAAGCGUAAACAGUAUCUCAAGAUCCCUGCGGCAGCUGUGAUAUGGAAAUAGCUGUGGUUUCUCUUGAUGAUAAAGUCCCAGGUUGCUGCUAAUUGGCCUCUGCUUUGUUGCCUACAUUUAAAAUUGAAGGAAAUGUUACAUGUCAGUUAGAGACUCGUGAAAAUAUGUAGGUGUAAUUUUUUUUUUUUCUGUCCAAGUUCAUGGAACUCGGGUUCAUGGAUCACAGAUUCAGAGCUCCUGCCUGAGAGGGACCCUCCCAGCCUGACCCUGCAGCAGCUGACAUUGUUUACCAAGCCCUGAACACAGGAAGAGUAAAAAUAAAGGCUAAUGUUGGCUGAGUUCUUGCUAGGUACUAGGCACCUGGUGAUACUGGAGGCUAGGAUUUAGCAAUGAAAGAAGCCAGUUCCUGCUCACCUGGGACUUACUGUCCAGGGAGGGAAGACUGACAAAUCCAUCUUUUACAGAUGCGGUCAUUUCAGAGUGGUAGGUGCCAGGAAGUCAGUCGUACAGGCAGUGUAAUAGAGUGACUUGGGAGGAGAAUGGCAGGGUCUGUUUUCCAGAGAAGGGCUCUCUGAGGAGGUGCUGUUUGCUCUGAGACCUAAAUGAUGCGGAGAGAGCCAUGCAAAGAUGUAGAGGAAGGGUGUUCCCGGCGUAGGAUCUGCAAAGUGCACACGCCCUGAGGGGGGAACAGCUGACAACAUUCCAGGGCCUGGCAGGAGGUCCACAUGGCUGGGACAGAGGGGCGGGGCUCGCUGGAGUGUCGGAUCUGGAGCCCCAGAGGCUGGCAGGGGCCGUCAGGCAGGCUUUGUGGGCCAGAGUGAGGGGUUUGGGUUUUCUUUCUAAAUGUGACAGGCCGCCUUUGGCAGGUUUAAGCACGAGAGUGAUGUGAUGUGAUUUACAUUUUGGAAAGAUCCUUCUAGCUGUGUGUGGAGAACAGAAUGUCGGGGGCCAGGCUGCCCGCAGGGAUCCAGCGAAGAGGCCAGGCAGUGGUCCCAGUGGGAGACCAUGGCAGCCGGGCCCCUGGUGGGGCUGCGGGGUCGACAGAAAUGGGCAGAUCUGGGGUGUCAUUUCGAGAGCGACUCAGUGGCCCAGGGCUUUUUGGGGGUGGGGGUAAGAGACAGGGGUAUAGCAAAUGACACCCCCCCAGCUGAGAAACAGGCCCUGACCUUGCACCCCCUCGCCUCCCUCAGCCCCCUGCCGCCCUUCCCGGCCCCUGUGGGGGCAGCCGCCCGCCCACCGGGCCCCUGGCAUGCGAGCUUCGCAGCUGGCCCGAUUGUGGUUACUCCCUAGGGAGUCAUGGGAACACACUCCCCCUGCCCCCUCCGCCCCCCUCCGCCCCCCUCUUCCCAGACAGGCCAGGCCCUAACAAUGCCCCUCAGCCAGCCAGUGGCCUGGACACAAUGCCCCUGUUUCGGUUCAUUGCCAGCUCCAGGAGGCCUGCUGGGUUUCCUGGCCUGUUUGGCAUAUAUAUAACUCUGGCUUCCAGCAGGGAUUUUUUUUGUUGUUUAAAAAAAAGGAGAGAGAGAGAGAAUAUCUCUGGCUCCUCCUCUUUGAAUAUCUUAAUAUAUUAUAAAAAGCCUUUCUCUUCUCAUCCUGAGCUCGCCCUACUCCCCUCCUUGACUGCAUUUGCCAUGUGCCUGUCAACCCGGGGACCAAAUGCAGGUCAGCAGGUGUUGGAGAGAAAACGAGAAAAAGAAAGAAAAGCGGCUCGCUCCACCAUGGCCAGCCUCGAACGUGCUGGUGAGGCUGGAGGUGAUGAGAGAACAGUGAGGGCCUCUGGGAGGCCCUGGGCCUGCACGUUUCGUCCACCUUAUCUCCUGACUUCUCAGACGCCAUCCAAGAUGAGGCACAGCGUUAUCUUGAGCCCCUAAGAAAAGAAAAGGGCGGCCUACUAAAAACGGACAUGCCGUUGAUUGUAUGAUGCACCUUAAUUUCAGAGAUGUUAAAUGUGAAAAGAAAAGUCUGAGGGAGGACUUCCUUGAGGUGGUCCGGCGGUUAAGACUCUGCACGUCCACGGCAGGGGGCCCAGGUUCGAUCCCUGGUCAGGGAACUCAGACUCCUGCGUGCCACGUGGUGCAGCCAAAAAGAAAAAAAGAAGUUUGAGAAUCCGUGUAAUAUGGGAUUGUCUCUUCUACACACUUCAUUGCCCUCCAAAUGUAUUUUUCUCCCUGUCUCUGAGCCUAAUAGAGUUUGGGAGGGAUUGCUGCUUGAAAACUCUCCUGUUCUGGAGCCUCACGAGAAUUUUUUUUCUUUUCUCUUUUGGAAAAAUCGGGAGGAGAUGUAGGCAAGCUGCUCCAGUGAUUCAUCCUUCAUUCUUAGUAACAGCUGAUAUUUAUUGAGGGCUCUCUGUGUGCCAGCUACUGCCCUAAGCCCUUUAAUAACUCUGUUAAUGUCCCGACAACCCUAUCAGGUAAACACUGUUAUCAUUAUUAUUUCCAUCCUCAUUUUACAGAUGAAACAACAGAGCCGCUCUGCUCUAAGGGCUCCCCACCCGCUCCCUUCCGCCACGGUCAGGGCAGACAUAGCCACUGUAUCUGGUUUUCUCCCCUCUCCUUGGAAAGGCAUAAUCCCUCCACAGAGGCCGGAGUGAUGCAGAGAAAGGAAGAGGCACUGGGUGCACCUUGGGGAGGAGAGGGGGCCCCAGAGCGUGAACUCAUGGAAUAAUGGGGGCUUGAGGGAAGAGAGGCUUGCUUAUCGACCAGAGCCCUAUCCAUUUCCAUUGACCUUGGACCCUCUGGUCCACCCCCACUGUACAUAUGGACUGGCUAACGGCCAAGGACGUGGCCAAGGCCACACAGACAGGCAGCUGGCUGGCUGGCAGUAAGCCCCGUGAAUACCCACGUUCCCUACCCCUCCACGUCUACAUCUUCUCUUUAGCUACCCACAAAGCAGAGGCGCUGUGCUGGUGCUGUAAUAAUGUCACUAAUUUGAUAUAUAGCAUUUGCCGCUUAAAAUUUUUUUUAACUAAUUCAUAAUUCAGGAAAAAAAUAAUCUGGGCAAAUUAAAUCAUACCUAUGGGCCACUUUGCAAACUCUGCUUGUCUCGUUUUCUCAUUUAAGCCUGACACCCAUUCUGUCAAGGAGCCUGUGCCCCUUGUUCUAUGGAUAAGGCAAGCACAGCUCUUCAUGGGGGUAAAUCACUUCCCCAUCUGGCCAAGCCACACGGUCGGGGUCGCAAGGCUUGCUGCUACGUUAGACGGCCUCCCGCAUGGGUACAAGGCCUGUGUUCAGACACAGCCAGAACUGGCACAGUGACAGAACAUCUCCAGGGACAGUAAACCGUCGAACAAUUCAGUGUAGUGACAGGGGAUCAUUUAAGAUGAACAUAAUGUUGCAGACAUAAAACUCGCUACCUCCUUCUGCCAGAACUCAACAAUGGAUGUCUCUGUGCCCCUCAAUAAAAUUAAGUCACCACAGAAUCAUUUCUUCCAAUUAUGCAUUCCUUAUAAUAAUGGGAUGUUCAUGUUUGGAGAUUUUUGGGUAAGCUAUGAAUGUAUGUUUAGGGGAGGUGGUGUAUAUGGAAUAAAUAGCUUUGAACUA